CAUAAACAUAACCCUACUUUUGGAUGUCAUUCUAGCGGUAAAAAAACCCUCAAAAUAUGAAAUCAUCAAUGAGAAGUUCCUGAAUAUAAAAUAGUAUAAUGAGUACAUUAGAUCUUGCAAGACAACUAAAUGCAGUGGAGACUAUUUGCGUGAAAAGAGAACUGCAAACUAGAUGUGCCUCGCAGCCCUUUGAUUACAUUUUUGUGCUAGACUUUGAAGCAACUUGCUGGGACCGACUGGAUAAAGAUAGGGGAUAUUCAGAGAUAAUAGAGUUUCCGUGCGUGCUAUACUAUGUUAAAAAAGAAAAUAUAGUGGCAGAGUUCCAGGAGUAUGUGAUGCCAAUUGAGAAGCCUAGGUUAACUGCAUUUUGUACAGAGCUUACAGGCAUAAGUCAAAAACAAGUGGACAAUGGCUGCCCUUUAGGAACCUGCCUCAUGUUAUUCAGGCAAUGGCUAAAUAAGCAGAUGAUAAAGUUUGGUAUCACCAUGGAAACCCCCUACAGCAAAUGUACCUUUGCUACUUGGUCAGAUUGGGACCUAGGGGUUUGUCUUAGGAAUGAGUGUAGGCGAAAACGGAUAGCAUACCCCACAUUUUUUGAAAACUGGAUGGAUGUACGAUAUCUAUACAGAGAGUUCUACCAGAGAAGGCCGAAAGGGCUCUAUGGAGCUUUGAGUGAAGUUGGCUUGGAGUUUACUGGAAGACAGCACUGCGGAUUGGAUGAUGCUAGAAACACUGCAAAGCUUAUUGGCAGAAUGAUCGCGGACGGGAUUUUUUUGAGAAACACCACAGAGUCAUCAGGAGAAUGAAUUAAAUAGUGAUUUAUGCGAAAGUUUCUUUUUCUAAUACUACCAAUAACUUUUGUCAACAAAUAUUAAUUUUAUUGUUAUCUUUGAUUUACCUUAAGGUGGCACGUCCCUUUUUUAGAUUUUUUUCAACUUCCUGUUUGCAGCAGUAUCUAAAUCCUUUUCAUAUGAUAAUUUUAUGGUGUGUAUAGAGAUGACUAAAAAACGUUUUAAUUUUUUUGUCAAAAAAUGCAUUUUUUCUUCAAUCGUAACUUGUUAACAAAUAUAAGUACAGCCCUGAAAUUGUGUGUGAAUAUUCCUCUUUUAUGGAAGAAUCAAAUGAGUGAUUAAUUUUGUUCUUAUCACUUUCCCUUUUUGAAAAAUCUUUGUUGUUUCAAGAACAUCAAAGAUUUUUCGAAAAGGAAAAGUGAUAACAAAAGUAAUCACUCGUUUCAUUCUUCCAUAAAAGAGGAAUAUUCACACACAAUUUCAGAGCUCUACUUAUAUUUGUUAAUAAGUUCCGAUUGAAGAAAGAAUGCACAAUGCGUUUUUUGACAAAAAAAUUAAAACAUUGUUUUUUAGUCAUCUCUAUGCAUGAAAUUAUCAGAUGAAAAGGAUUUAGAAUACUGCUGCAAACAGGAAGUUGGAAAGAAAUCUAAGAAAAUGGACGUGCUACACCUUAAGCUUUGGAACAGAGGAGUGUCAAAAAUAAAAUUCGCUUGUUUUUUUUUAAUUUUAUUGUACCAUUAAAAGAACAAAUACACUUAAACACUGUACUGUGUUAAAAAUACACUAUAUUAAAUAUCCUUAGAAAGAACCUUACAGACCUGUAAAAAUAUGCCUAAUUUGUCAAUUUAUGCUUCAAAUACCUGCAAAAGUAUGCCACUUUAGGUUAAAACCAGUAUAAUUCAAAAGCCAUAACGUUAUUGAAAAAGUCUCUGUCAUUCCAUAAGCCAGGAAUGCAAAUUAACAAUCUUGAC